AUGCGUGGCAUCUUCUUCACCGUCUUCACCCUCAUGGCCGCCGUCGCCGCGCAGGCACCAUACACCGGACCUUGCUCUGAUACCGCCUGUGGCGUGGAGAGCGAGAACUGCGACGCCCAAGGCCGCCAGUGCUUUCCAUUCCCCAACAUCGCCCCAGCGCUCCGCGAGGGCUGUGUUUUGGGAUCAGACUCGGCAAAGAUCAAAGCGGCAAGGCGCGCAUAA